GCCAAAUACGUCAUUUGAUGAUGAAUGGAUGAGGGAAAAAAAUUGCCGAAUAAAUGACAAACCAAAUUUGUUAUGUGAAGCAAUUCAAAAAUCAUCUCAAAAACAAACUUUUAGUGAUUCAAUUAACGAAAUUAGUAUUGUUUCACCAUCAAAAUCAAAAGGUAAAAAACGAUUACAUUUUGAUCAUACACCAACUCAACCAACGCCUCAUAAUUUGAAAGAUCGAGAAAUUGUCAUCAAUAUUCUUCGAGGAAUGACAAAUAUGAAGUAUGAAAUUAGGGAAAACACAAAAAAACUCGACAGGAUUGAAAAUAUGUUAAAUGAUAUUAUGAAAAAAUCAAAUAAUCUUUUAUCUUCAUCAUUACUACAGACCAACAAUGACUAUUUAAUCGAUGAAGAUUUUAAUCAAUUUCCAUUAACCAAUAUUGACGAGUUAACUGUACUUGAAGAGAAGUUGAAGGAUAAUGACUUCCGACUAAAAUUGCAAACAUAUUUAGCAAGACUGGAACGGCCAUCGGUGUCUGAUAUGACUCGUCAGAUAAUGGCGAAAAUGUUCCACAACAACCUUUUAGCACAGUUUUCAUACGCUGGCCAAAAAAAGAAAAAUGUAUUUUCUAUACUUAAUUCUUGUUCCAUUAUUUUUGCUACUGUACGAAGUAUACAAGCACACAGAAAUUGUACGGAUAUGGAAAUUUUGAAGCCGAUGAAAUUUUUUAUGGCAAACGCGAAAUUUAGAGAAGAAAAAAAAAAAUCUAAACAAUAG